AUCAUAACAGGACCAGGCAUCUAGUUUAUCUCUCUUUCACAUUUGUCUUCAACAUUUAUAGUAAUUGUUUAAUGCCAGAUCAUUUAGCCACAAUGAAAAGGGGGUAGAAACAUAUCAUUUAACAUAUAAUAUGUAAAGUGUAAAUAUACAUGUACAUGUAAAGAUUGACAGACCGUUUUACCAGGGGUAGGGGAGCACAGAGAGGUGAGAGCAGACUAGCGAAGGGCACGCAGAAAAUCUCCCGAAAGUCUCUAGUGUGGCUGAUGAAAAGCGCGUGGUUCGCCAUGGGAUCGUCGAGGCGGACUUUCUUAUUCUGCUGGUUUUUGUUGAGCAACUUGCAACCAACAAGAGCGAACAAGCCGGUGUUCCAGACGCAGCUUCAGGCAGCCAUCUUUUUACGUCCAAGGCGGGCAAACGCAAUACUGUUUGAGGAGAUAUUCCAGGGGAAUCUAGAAAGAGAGUGCAUUGAGGAGAGGUGCUCCAGAGAAGAAGCCAGGGAGUUCUUUGAGAAUGAUGCGCAAACAGAAGCCUUCUGGAAUAAAUACAUUGAUGGGGACCAGUGUGAGUCCAACCCUUGCCAAAAUGGAGGAACCUGCACAGACCGAAUAGGGGGCUAUAACUGCGCAUGCGCUGAUAUUUAUGUCGGCCACAGCUGUGAGAGAGACAGCUCUCAGUGUCCGGUCGAUGGCCCAUACGCCUGUGAACACUUCUGCCAUGUCAAUCGCAGACAUGGUUCCUACAGCUGUCGCUGUGCUCAAGGGUACAGACUACAUCCAGAUGAGAGGAGAUGCAUACCUCACGUGAAACAUCCUUGUGGAAAAAUCUCCCUUUUAACAAGCACACCAAUGCAGAGUGACAAUGAGAUCUGUCCCCAGGGCCACUGCCCUUGGCAGGUCAUUCUGGUGGACAAGAAUGGGGAGUCUGUGUGUGGUGGUGUGAUUCUGGGGCCACGUGAAGUGCUUACCACAGCAACCUGCAUGAGUUCAAACGCAAAUAUAACACACAUUCAUAUUGGGAAAAACCACUCACCAGGGUCAAAGAUCAUCAGGAUGCCACUGGAGGCUGACCCCACGACUCACAGUCGCUAUAGGCCUGGUCAGCCAGAAUAUGACCUUUGCUUCCUGCGAUUACGCUCUAGAUUACCACUAGGGGACUCUGCUGUGCCCCUCUGCCUUCCAGAGAAGGACUUCAGUGAAAACAUCCUAAUGCAAGAUGGCGAGGAGGGUGUGAUUUCACCAGGACCCGUCCGCCAUUCUUACGUCUCAUUGGACGACUGUCGCGUCCACCUGAACCUCAGCUUUACUUUGAACAAUAAGAUGUUCUGCAUGAAGGAGCGCAAUCUGGAGACAACACACAAAGGAAAAGGAAGAACACCUUCCACACUGCAGUCAAGUCCGAUUACUCAAAAGAAGGGAAUAAGACCUAGGACACAACAGACUGUGUGGGGGACCGAAGAAGAUUUGUUUGAGUAUUCCGAGUACAUUGUUCCGUUAUCAGAUGUUGAGUCCACCGUGACACCAACUGCACAAAACAAAAUAUACCUCACCGCUGCUGCAGUCAUAAGGAAUUCUACGCAAGAGAAGACACCAAAGCCCACAGCAGAAAGUGGUCCCAAAAAGGUCGAAAAACCAACGGACAUAGCACCUUUAUCGGAAGACGUUGUUAAGUCCACUGUGACACCUAAUACACACAACAAAACGUACCUCACAGCUGCUGCAGUCAUAAGGAAUUCUAUGCAAGAGAAGACAACAAAGCCCACAUCAGAAAAACCCACAAAUGUUGAAAAAAAAGCUCCCACUAUAAGCAGAAGAGGUGAUUGCAGGUUCCUCUCUGGGACUCCUGUUGCUAGUGUGAAAGGAGAAACUGUCUUUGUGACAGGACUCAUGCUGUCCCACGACUGCGGUCAGGGUCUGGUGUUCACUAAGCUCUCUCGCUUCUUGCCAUGGAUAGAGUCCAUGCUUGAAAGCACCGGACCUUAAGCUUGGGUAGAAAAGAAGCUUCAUUAUUCCUUGUAUCAUUCUACAUCUAUCCCCACUGACAGUGUUCACUCUAUUGUUGAGCAUAAAACUAAUUAUCAUAUGUAAGUAUUCUGUGUACAUGCCUACUGGUUUUGUGAAGAGCACGUUCAUUAUUAGUUGUGAUUCAUUACUUACUUCCCCUGUUAAGCUGUCUCUCCCUCAGUUUGACACAAAUCAAACUAGCAUGAAUCGGAAAUUCAACACUUUGUUUGUCAAUAUGUACAUUACAGAAUACAACAGGU